UUGUGGUUUGUAGGGACAGGGGUCUGCUGGGGCGAUGGUGUGUAUCGGAGAAGUAUCGACACCCAGACCAUGCCCCCCAGAAACCAGCUAACGAUUGUCACAAUCACGUUUUCGAAAACGGCGAUGGCACAUCUCACAUCAUGGCCGUGGGAGUUUAUGUCAUCGGUGUGAUGCUGCUGGUGAUUUGCGGAGUGUCAGCCCGACAGCGCUGCGUGCAAAAUUGCAAGGGUAUCCCCAACGGUAAAUACCAGUCUUGUACUGACUGUCGACAUUACACCGCCUGCUUAUAUGGGUUCAGCAUUCGAUUGAAGUGCCCUUGUUGGACAAUAUGGGACGACGAAGCAAAACGUUGCCAGAGGACGUCGUCGACGUGUCCACAAGGACCUAACAACCCCUGCAUAACGAACUGUACGAGUCGACCAGACGGGAGCUACCAGUCAUGUAAGGGGUGCAGCCUAUAUGCCACGUGCUUUCAGGGACGAAUCAGCCUGAAUAAAUGCUCCCCAGGAACAUAUUGGGACGACUCUCUGAAGAAAUGUGAGAAGAUCUCCGUCACUUGCCCCGGGCCUUCUCCCGGCCCCGGCCCCGCCCCCGGGCCAACGCCCGGUCCAGCUUCUGAUCGGUGUGUAUCGGGCUGUGCUGGAAUUCCUACUGGCGACUACCAGUCUUGCAUUGGAUGCCGUGUCUUCGCCUCAUGCGCCAAUGGCCAUCUGUACGACAACAGGACCUGCCCCGCCCACCUGGUGUGGGACGAUUUCUACAAACGGUGCGAGGGGAUUUCUACAACAUGCCCCCCGGGAGAGAAAAGUCCGUGCAUGACGAACUGCACUGGGAAGCCUGACCUGACGUACCAGUCUUGUUCCGGCUGUGACGUGCACGCUAAAUGCCAAGGCGGCAAACUCACUGAUAACAUCAAAUGUCCCGGCGGGACUCUGUGGGACGAUUCACUGAAGCGCUGUGAAAAGACAUCGAAAACAUGCAGACCAAAAUCCCCACAACGUGCUCUGCCUAAUAUAAGCAAGUACCCCUGCAUCACCAACUGCACCGGUCUGGAGGACGGUGACUACCAGUCUUGUAAGGGCUGCAACGUGUACGCCAUCUGCUCAAACAAAUACAUCUACAUCAUGCCCUGCCCUGCCAAAACCGUGUGGGACGACGCCGUCAAACGUUGCCAGGGCCGCUCCACAACGUGCCCUGGAUCUGACAACCUCACGUUCGAGCCUCAACACAGUGGCGCAAGAGGCUGCGACUGAUAUGCAUGAGAUUCCAUAACACAACCUAAACGGUCACCGAUUGCCCCAUUGACCUUACUGGACACAGCUGUGAACUGAUGUCAUUGCGUUUGUAAAUAAAUGAGUUUGCAUAAGCCA